CCUCAAAUUAGGGCUUGGGAGACCUUCAAUGACGGACUUGCAUCUACUGUUGCGAGUGCUGGGUUGAGACUUUUUUGCGGUUUUGCACGCCUUCGCAAGAAUUUGAUAUCUCGGGUUAGACUUUGUCGUAGUGCAUUUCGAGUUGGGUGUUUUGUUUUCAUUUGCUGCGAGACUUGAGUAGCAGACAUGGCUGGCGCGGCGCCUGCCUGGACGAAGAGACUUGUUAUUCAGCUGGUGCGGGGACUUCCUGGCACGCGGAUUACCCACCGUGGAACUGUGCGAGCUCUGGGGCUCCGUAGACGGCAUCAGACUGUUUUCCGGGACGCUACGCCUUCGAUUUGUGGGAUGAUUAAUCAGGUGAAGAGGCUAGUAUCUGUGGAGACUGAGGAGAUGUACAAUGCGCGACUGGAAGAAGAUGCCAACAGGAAAGCAGUUAGGCCUCCUCACGUCAUCCGCCACAGUCCUCAAUCAAAGCAAUGAUAGGAGCAAUUUUGCGAGUGGAGCCACUAUCUGAUUCACCGUGAGAAACUGUGUUGUGCUCAUUGUGCGGAGGAGGAUAAGAAAUGCUUUCUUGAAAAUUAUAGACUUCUCUACAUGAUAAUAAUAUAUUGGCUUGUGCCGUUUUUUUAAUGCACCCAUGUUGGUAUCUUUGCUUGUUUGAUUAGAAGUUUUCAAAUCAUCAGUUUUCAUCUGAUUUGAAAACGUUUGACAAGCACAUGUCUGUAGAGACAGUUUUAUUCAAUUACAAAUGGAGUGAUUUAAGAA